AUGAUGAGCAGUCAAGGCAGUCCCUCCCCCAUCGACAUGGCGGCCGAGAUGGACCAAACCCUUCUACCAGACCGUCUCGAGCAGCUCGCAGCGCAGGAGCCAGACCGCAUCUGGGUCUCGUAUGCAGUGAGCCAAGACGUUGCUCAAGACGGCUUCCGCGACGUUACGCUGGCGCAGUACGCCAGGGCGGUGGACCGCAUGGCGUGGCACAUAGAGCGCACGAUAGGGAGGAGCUCGACGUUUGAGACGUUUCUGUACUUUGGCCUCACGGACGUCAGGUACGCCAUCGUCCUCUUGUCGGCCGUCAAGACGGGCCGCAAGGUCCUCUUCUGCUCGCACUUCAACAGCACCUACCUGAACCAGACGGUCUGCGAGAGGACCGAGUGCGGCAUCCUCCUCCACUCGGAGGGCGUCGAGUCCACCAUCGAACCACUCCUGCAGGCCAGGCCCAUGAAGGCUGUCCGGGUCCCUACCCUCGAGUCCCUGGUGGACCCCGAGGGCGAGGUGGAGCGGUACCCUUACGGCAAAGAGUUCGCGGUUGGGGUCGACGAACCCAUGUUUGUGACCCACACGUCUGGGACCACGGGCCUCCCCAAACCCGUCACCAUGACCCAGCGCUCGCUCGUCGUCGCCAGCGCCUGGGACAAGGUUCCAGACCUGGACGGCAGGCCGCCCGUGGAGAAGCUCAUGCGAAACGGCCGCCGCUGCUUCAUGGGCUUCCCGCUGUUCCAGUUCUCUGGCGUGGCCAGCGGCCUGUGGGAGGUCUUGUACCGCGGCAAGACGCUCGUGCUCCCCUGCAGCCAGCCCGGCUGGGCUCCCCCGGCCACCUUUGAGCAGCUGUUUGAGCACGGUGACUUUGACUGCUUCAUCGGCAUCCCCUACUACCUCGAACUCGUGGUCAAGUCGCCCCGGAUCAUGGACAUGGUCAGGGACAGGCUCAAGUACAUCAUGUACGGCGGGGCGACGCUCAACCCCAGCACCGGCCACAAGCUGGCCGCGCUCUGCCCCUUCUUCAGCUGCUUCGGGUCGACGGAGAGCGGCGUCGCGUUCACGCACCUGACCGAGCGCCAGGACUGGGCCUGGUUCUGCUUCAACGAGGACCAGAGCGGCAUCGUCUGGGAGAAGCAGGAGAUCCAAGGCGUGGAGGAGGGUGGCGCGGGCGUCUACGAGAUGACGUACGUCAAGAACCCGCUGGUGGCCAAGUCGCAGCCCAUCUUUUGGCACACGGACCGCGGCGACACCAUCCACACCGCCGACCUGUUCGUCAAGCACCCGGCCAAGGAGCACCUGUGGCGGUACUACGCGCGCAAGGACGACAUGGUGGUGACCAAGUACGGUUGGAACAUCAACCCGGUCAUGGUGGAAUGCGAGAUCGCCCGCCACCCGUCGGUCAAGGCGGUCGUGGCGGGUGGCGCGGGUAGGGAGGCCAUCUUCGCCAUAGUGGAGCUCGUCGAGUCGGACGAGGCGCCAGAGCAGACGCUGGACAGGGUCUGGGCCGCCGUCGAGCACGAGACCAACGCCAAGCUGGACAAGAUUGCGCAGCUCAGCAAGGAGAGGAUCAUCCUGGCAGACGCCAAGAACAAGCCCCUCCCGUUGACGCCCAAGGGAAACGUCGUGAGGAGGCCGGCCCUGAAGCUGUACGAGGACGAGAUUGAAGAAAUGUACAAGCGCACGGCCGACCCGACUGUAGGGUGGGCAACCUCCAAAAGAAGGGGGCAGUGGGCUGAUUCCUUGGUCUCCACCAAAGGCGCCGUACAUUGA